CCCCGGGCUGCUGGGGCUGUGUGUGCUAAGAGCAGAGCUGGAGGAAACAACCAAGAAAGGAAGGGGAAAGCGGAGCCGGUUUCGGGAAGCCGGGCCCCUUGCCAAGCCCCAAGCCGCGUUUUAUCGGCAGCGUCGCAAACCCAACGGGGGGUCGGGCAAAACCACCGCGACCCCGGCGCCUCCCGUGCCGCCUCACUUCUCCUAUUUCCCAGCUCAAAUAGAGGGAUGCUGCGGGGCCCGGGGCUGGGGCAGGCAUGGCUGUGCGGGCAGCCCUGCUGCUGGCCGUGCUGCUGCUGUGCCACCGCCCUGGGGACGCAGGUGAGCCUCCCCUGGUGGCCCUGGGGGUUGUGCGGGCUCCGAGGGUGGGUGAUGCCGGUGGGACGAUGGGUGUGCCCGUGUGCGGGGUGAUGCCGUGUGCCCCUCCAGCAAUCCUGGAAGCCAACGGCAACCUGAGCUGCCGCUGCCUGAAGAGCACGCGAGCCUUCAUCCCGCCGGAGAGGUACAGCAGCAUCGAGGUGUGGCCCGUGGGGAGCAGCUGCCGGCGCCCCGAGGUGGUGGUUAAGCUCAAGAGCCUGAAGAGGGUCUGCGUGGAUCCCGACACGCCUUGGAUGAGGAAACUCUUGCAGGACCUCCCUCACCUGAGGAAGAAAAAGGCUCCCCGCUGAGGAAGCUGCCGCCAGAGGCACGGCCAGAUGUGCUGGGCCCAAAACUGCCUCCCUUCCCCAUCCUGCUGUUGCCUUACCCCAGUCCAGAGGGGAGCAUGCUUCUGC